GCGGAAAUCAGGUGCUUUCUUCUUCCGGGUUCGUCGCAUCAAACUUCAGGGUUCAUGAUGGCGGCAGCUAUGGAUGUAGACACACCGAGCGGCACCAACAGCGGAGCCAGCAAGAAGCGGUUCGAAGUGAAGAAGUGGAAUGCUGUGGCGCUGUGGGCUUGGGACAUUGUGGUGGAUAACUGCGCUAUCUGUCGAAACCACAUCAUGGAUCUCUGUAUUGAGUGCCAGGCCAACCAGGCUUCUGCAACCUCUGAGGAGUGCACUGUAGCCUGGGGUGUCUGCAAUCACGCCUUCCAUUUCCACUGUAUUUCUCGCUGGCUGAAAACCAGACAGGUGUGCCCUCUAGACAACAGGGAGUGGGAGUUUCAGAAAUAUGGACACUAGCAGUAUUAUUGCUAAUGCCUUUAUUUGCUUCAGUAAGCAUCAUUCAUUAUUCAUCACCAUUUCUUUCCUCUCUGAUUGCUCCCACUUUUAACCCUCACAAUGUUGUAAGUUGAAAAUAAACGUAAAUGUUGUCACAAUA